CUUGAUCCUCGCCUCCCUCGUUUGCAUAUUCAAGUGCCAGACUGCAUUGCCAGUAGUGAUCAACACUGUUGAGAACCAGGAUAUGUCAAGUUGAAUGCUUGAGAUGCCCUGCAUACACCCUUACAUCCAUCAUUCACACAUUGGCAACAGUUUUGACCCACCAACUUUGACAGCCAUGUGCUUGUGCGUUUGAAAAAGCCGUCAAUUGGUGUUUCAUCUCCUUCUCUGCCCUCUCAGUGCCUUUCCCACGCCAACAAACCCGAAAUCAACUUGCUGAUCGCUCUCGUCACACUUUCCUCCUGGACUUUGGGUGUCGAUCAGCCCAUCCACCGCCUCCACCCCCAAGCAUACCCUCUUCUGAAGCGACCCCAGUCAGGAGCAGGGCAAGACUCAACAGUGCCAACCUUGGAUCCUUGGUCUUCCCGCCUGGCCGUCUAGCAACCCCUGGUACUACAAGUUACCCUCAGCGUGGCCCAACUCCAUCUGGUUAGUCCCUAGAGUUGACCCCUCUCCCUCGGUAGCCUGAGGAUUGCGCCAACCGCCACUCCACUCUACUGGCCGACUGGGUGACUGGGUGACUGGGUACGAGGCCUACCAUCCUGUAAAGGAUUCAGUUCGGUACAUAAUAUUAUUAGGCCCUAUUCCUCCGCCUCAGUCGUGUUUUGUUAUCAUCGUGCCAUUCACUCCUUUCCAACAAGUGCACUACUUUCACCUCAAGGCAAAAACUUAAGCACCUCCUCUACUCAACAUUCUCAACGUUCUAUAUCACCCACCUACCCACCUAGCCACUGAGAGUGUCUUUGUUACAUCCGCUCGCCAAAACCAGAGCCGCCGCAUGUACCCCCAUCUACCAUCCACUGGCUAGAAGCACUGCCCCAAUUCUGUUUGUCUCACAGUGAGGUGACUUGUGAUUGACGACCACCAUGCAUUCAUCAGAAGGAUACUCAGCCCGAUACACACCAACCUCGCCAUUGUCUCCCCGUUUACCCUCAACACACCACCCCAUGUCUCACCAGUCGUCACGUGCAAGACCACCACCACAUGGCCGACAGGCAUCAAGAAAUAUGCACAUGACACUCCCAAGAUUCCAUCCUUCCAAUUUCAACCAUCUCGAUGCUCCUGCUACUCCAACCUCAACUGUCACCAGCCCAGCCAUCACAGUCAACCGAGUCAAUCAACCCAUCCAGAUCGAGUCACCCCGACUGAUGCGGGAGAAGCAACGAGAAUUUCUUGAACGAACGCAUUUGUCAUCCAAAGUCGCCGCUUCAUCGAUGGGUAUCAAGCCUGGUGGUCCUCGGCUAGAUCCCCUCGGCAGCCCCAAGGGUCCUGUCACUCCCCUCGAGUUGGACGAAGCCAUCGACUACUUCGCAGUGGCUGGUGCUGGAAAGCCGUCUCCAGCGACCAGUCCCGCAGCGAGAAGCCCUAGAAGUGACCAUUCAUCCGAGAAGGAUGAACCGCUCACUAAGAAGACAUCAACAUCCUCUUCCUAACAUUUUUUUUAGCACGAAUCAGAUGUCGACACCAGUGGCUCGCCGUUGAGAAGUUGAGCGAGGGGGCUUCUUCCAGAUCGCCGUACAACGGUGUCUACCACAUCCAAUCUCACGAAUUUCUUUUUAUAUCACGACUGCAUCAAUACCACACUGGCGCUUAGCAUUCCAAUCCGGGGACAUGGAGUUAUCUUAGCCUGCAUUUCGAAUAUGGCAUCACGAUACCCCAAAACGGCAUCCCGUCAUCUCGAACGGAAUUCUCUGCAAUCACAUUGUAGCGAGAGAGCAUACCGCACCUGUCAUUUGCCUGAUCGACAUGGUCAGCACAUCAAGCCUUCUGAGAAUGGCUUGGGUCGACAUAGCGUGAGCGAGCAUGUGACCUGACUUACGACCAAAUAUAGACAGGAUCUCCUGGUGAGACGGACGAAUAUUUCAGGCUCGGUGGAGAUUUGCUACCCAGGCUAGCUGGAUAGACCAAAAUCCAUUACUUUUUGAACAUAUCA